AUGAGGAUUUCCGCAUCAGCACUCUCCCUGCUGCCGCUCGCUGCGGCGGUCCCUGCGAGCACACAUUUGCGCAGACAGGAGCCGGUGUAUGACUACAACACCACGACGGCCAACACGACGACGACUGGCGCGUACCGGCCAAAGGUCAUCCUCGACAACGACUGGAGCCCGGCUGGGUUCAUUCCCUUCCUGCAGGCGCUGGAUGCAGGGUGGGAGGUGCUCGGGCUCGCGUCCGACACGGCCAACAGCUGGGCGCUGCAGACGGGGCUGCACGGGCUGGCGACGCUGGAGGUGGGCGGCCUGUCCGACUGCAUCCCCGUGUACAAGGGCGCCGACUGGCCGCUGAUCCACACCCCGGAGCGGUAUGCGGCGUGGAAAGCCGUGCACGGCGCGCUGCCUUGGGAGGGCGCGUUCGCGGCCGAGAACCUCACGGCCGAAGCGCUGGGCUCCGAUCCGACCUCUGGCUCGCCCACGCGCAUCUCGCGCGCUGCCUUCACCGAGGGCUUCCCCAACGCGACGUUUGCCACCGACACCAACGCCGCCUACUUCAUGGUGCAGCAGGUGCGCAAGUACCCGGGCCAGGUGAGCAUCUACUCGGGCGGCGCCCUGACCAACGUCGCCCUGGCCGUGCGCAUGGACCCGGACUUUGCGAGCCUGGCCAAGGAGCUGGUCAUCAUGGGCGGCUAUGUCGACGUCAACCUGCUGCAGGUGACGGGCAGCGUGCUGCAGGCCGAUCUCAGCUCCGACAUCAACCUCAUGAUCGACCCCGAGGCGGCCAAGAUCGCGCUUACCGCCCCGUUCCCCAACAUCACCAUUGGCGGGAACGUGGCCAAUCAGGUCAUGUCGACCCAGGACUUCCUGGACGAAGUGUACGAGGUCGAGAACCCGUACUCGGCUCUCAUGCACGAGUACUACGGCACCCAGUUUCCUUUCUGGGACGAGACGGCUGCCGCUAUCAUGCUCGACCCGACCAUCGUGACCAACUCGACCCAGUUCUACCUCGACGUCGACGUCUCCUUUGCCAGCCCCAGCUACGGCAACAUCCACGGCUACCAGAAGGCCCUGUCCCCGCCCAACGUGCGCCUCGUCAAUUUCCCCAUUUCCAUUGACGGGGACAAGCUGAAGACGGCCAUCAAGCGCGCCGUCCAGUACCCCAAGUCGUGUGCGGACCUGCAGCAGUAG